GACGCCGAAAAUUGAAAAGUUCAAACAAGUUUGCUUAUUUUUUAAUAAUCCUCAGUUUCAACAAAGUUUACUUGCUUCACUAGCCUCAAAAAGUAUGAACUAUUUAUUGCUUACUCGCGAUGCCUUGGAUAUUGGCUCAAUUACUGAAUUAGCCUCAUCGGAGGUAUGCGGUUCAACUUCCUUAUAUGUGGGAAUGGCACGAGGCUCUUUGGGAGGGAAAAAUUUACUUUCCCUAGAGUUUGGAGCAUCUGAGGCAAUGGCGGAAAAGGAAAUGGAAAACAUUUGUGGUGAGCUACGUUUUCGUUGGCCGAAUAUUGUAAAUAUUGUAAUAUAUCAUCGCAUCGGUUUGGUACCAUUGGGAGAAGCUUAUGUUGCCAUUGCCAUAUCGCAUACUUCACAACAAAGCAAAGCUUCGCUAGAUGUUGUAGGCAUUACAAUGGAUGAAUUAAAAGCGCGAGUUCCUAUUUGGCGGAAGGAAAAAUACGAUACGGACGACAGUUUUACUAUUUGUGCAGAAGGCCAAACGGAUAAAUUUGAUGAAAACUUAUGUGGCAUACAAGAUGCUAAUCCACUUCCUUCGAAGUUUGUGCAAAUUUCCGCAAACGAAACGGAAAUUGUUCGACGAAUUCAAAGUUUCAUCGAAAGAAAGCGUGACGAAAUCGAUCUUAGUAAUAUUGUGGACUAUAUAAGACCCUCAAGUUUGGAGGAAAUGAAGCAGGAUAUAAAUAGUGAAAACUGCCAAGUGGACUCAUGUGCUCGCAUAAAUGGUACAAUCAUAAAACAAGAAAAUUCUAAGUGUCAUUUGAAAAUUCGAAAAACUGAUAAUAAAAUGGGCCCACAAAUGCAGCAUGAUUAUUUAUAUGCAUUGGACAAUCUUAUGGAAAGUUCCGCAAUACCCCAAAUAAAACAAGAAAAUUUACACGAUUGGCAAUGUGCUACGGAUACAAAACAAAUAUUAUUGGAGAGAGCUCGUAAUAUUGAAGAACAUUUGAAUAUACGAGAUUGUGGCAAAAAGAAUAUUUAUCAAAGAUUAAAACUCAUAGAGGAUCGUUUACUAUAUCUAGAAUCAAUAUCACCGGAAUAUCGUCAUGUGUUGUUUGCUAAACCCAUAGAAAGUAAAGACUCUACAAUUGCCUCAGAAACAUAUAGUGCUGGCUUAAAACAUUCACCUAAUGUCAAGCGUGGACCUUGUAAAGUGUAUGAUAUAGCAGAAAUCGAUCAAAUAAUUGAAGCUGAAUCUCAACGAAUAUAAAGAUGCAUGUGGACAACGCCUCUAGCUAAAUUCGUUGUAUACCUUACGGGGUUUCUAUUGACACAACCUGUAGCAUACAUUAGGGGACUUUUAUUAGCACCGCAGACGUUGUGCGUCCCAAAUUUUGAGUAGCCCAAUUGCUUACUUUGAGUCAGCUGUCAUUCACAAUAGCUAAGCAGAGAAUAUGUUAUCAAAAAAGCCAUCUGCUGAACCAGCUGUAUCUAGCCCACCCUAAUAUCAUGAGAUUUCAAAAAACAAAUUUGUUCAAUGGCAAUGACAUCACACUGCACCUGACAGCACCAUUUGAACUGGCAGCGGCAUUGGGUGGUGCGUCGGAUCUGUUGGGUAUUGUAGCCACGCUCACAACAGAGCAAAUCACAGCUUUGAAGACCAUGCAAGGUGCGAUUACAAACACGACCCUGGGUACCCUGAACGCCCUCCUGCGCAUUUCGUUCGCAGUAAUUGGGCGAUGUUUGCAGAUAAACCAAAUCCAUGCGUUUGGGAUAAUUCAUCACUUUGCCGGCACGAUUUUUUCUAUGCAACACCAAAAAAACAAAGAGGAGAAGGAAAGAGAAAAUGGUAAUUAACAACUUAAGAGACUAUUUGGAGGCUGUUCAGGCUGUGUUUUUUUGUUUCAGUUCAUCACAGUUGGAUCACGAAUCAGUUCCAUCGACAACGAAAGGAAAAGCUUCCUUGGGCUAUUUGACCCACGAUAUUUGGGUUUCGUUAACAGGAGAAACCCAAGAUGCAACCGCCACCUCCAAACGUAAUGCUGCAUAAAAUAUUGUGGCAUUGUCAUUCCAACGAAAUAUGUCUUUCAUCCGCUCAACAUUUAGUAUCCAUUCACGGAAAGUCACUGAAUCUUGACGUGAUGGAUUAAACACAGAAAUCAGUCUUCUGCAUUCUUCAAUUCCACACCACAUAGCUCCGGAUCACACAACUUCUUGAUACGGCUGUUUAUUACUGUCUAUUGAACGUGCAUAACAACAAUCAAGGACAGCCGCAUCGACAAGAUAACAUUCAUAAUAGAAACUCAGAAAGCAGGUUUCAACACUCUAAAUUUCUCCCGAACAUCUUCUUCGUUUGGAACGUCUUUGCGACAAACAAGUCUUUUUUAUUCGUCCAAAAUAUAAUGGAAAACAUUUGAGGAAAAGUAAAAACUAGUUGGCCAUCACCGCGAGGAAGACACAUCUUGUUGGCGCCACAUUAUUAUUGCCACGCAUUUUCCAUUUGGCCACAUACUCCGCAGGCCAAGGUUCUCAUCUGGUUUUGUUCGAUUAGAAGCUCAAACUCGUACUUAAAAGUACGCCCAAACAUUUUCAAGAGGCGAUCAACCAAUUUUUUUCUCUUUUUUAAUGGAGUACCAAAUACCGAGCUCAAAAGCACUGUAACUGGAUUAAAGGGCACAAUCUUCAAUUUUUGAUGCAAAAACAUUUUUUUGAAUUUAAAAAAAUUAAAGUACUCUGUAGUCCGAAAUUCAAAGACAAUUCGUAAAAUAAACAGAAUUAUUUACAAU